GACCUUCCCAUCACUCCGGAAGCAGAAGAGCCUUCCAGUCUAGACAGUGAUUUCAAUGGACGUGUCAUUGCCAGAGCCAUCAGGUUCAGGCUGCAAUCCACAAUAUCCUCCACCACUCCGACAGGUGCUGGAGAAGAAAUUACGCCUCUUGAAAUCACUCUGACUUUGCUUGUAAAGAAGCCAGGAGAUAGCGACUUCACGCCCGUUUUGGAAGGGGACACUACUCAAAAGAAGAUUUUCAGAGUCACCCUUGACAGCGACUUGCCUGAGAGACUGCUGCUCCCGAGCGAUGACACAGCUCUGAAGGGCAUUGAGCAGUUGCGUAUUGAGUUCCAAACUGUGACCGGUGGUGAAUCAGCAAGACUGCAAGUGGAGGUUCUGGGAUGUGCAGAAGAAUACACAACAACUGAAAUGACCACUAAAGUCACCACUGUCACAACACCGACAACAACUGUCAGCGAAGAAACAACAAGCUCCCGAACCACGACGUCACAAAUGUCAACUACUCCAGGUUACUGUCUAGAGCCCAUGGAUGGGGAAAAGGGACUUGAACCUGAAGUUAAGGCGGCUGGAGAUCUCACAAUUGAUAGUCAGACCUCCUACUUGACAAUCACCCAGUUGCCAAUUGACCCAAGCUCAAGUGAUAUCCCCAGCGUAGAGCUCCUCUUCCGUCAACCCAUCAAGGUCACAGCAGUAGUCUUAGCCUCGCGUUCUCCUCAAGCAACAAGUGCACCCACGGGUCAGCCAGCAGCAAGCACAACCACAUCCAGGACUGCUGCAGGGGAGAGGCUGACUGAGGUCACCCUCACUCUGUCCACCAAGAAGCCCGACGAUGAUGAAUUCACUACACUGGUUGAUGAUAACACCAACCAGCCCAAGUUGAUAACUGUCCGUCUGGAAGGAGACCAACCCGAAAUCAAGUACUUGCCGAUAGAUGAAGACACACUGGAUGGCAUCACUGAACUGCGCGUACAAUUCCAGUCUGUCAGUGACGAUGACGCAACAACAUUUGAGUUACAUGUUCUGGGUUGCAUCAAAGAAUACACCACUCAGCCGACGACAAGAACCACCAGUGUCACCACCACUCUGAUAACCACGACUCCUCCCUCAUCAACAACCCAAGGGUACUGUCUGGAAUCCAUGGAUAGCGAGUCUGGACUUUUGUCGGAUGUCAGAGGUAGAGGUUCAGUGUUGCCGGACAAAACCAAAGGUGACAUCCAACUGACAGACCUUCCCAUCACUCCGGAAGCAGAAGAGCCUUCCAGUCUAGACAGUGAUUUCAAUGGACGUGUCAUUGCCAGAGCCAUCAGGUUCAGGCUGCAAUCCACAAUAUCCUCCACCACUCCGACAGGUGCUGGAGAAGAAAUUACGCCUCUUGAAAUCACUCUGACUUUGCUUGUUAAGAAGCCAGGAGAUAGCGACUUCACGCCCGUUUUGGAAGGGGACACUACUCAAAAGAAGAUUUUCAGAGUCACCCUUGACAGCGACUUGCCUGAGAGACUGCUGCUCCCGAGCGAUGACACAGCUCUGAAGGGCAUUGAGCAGUUGCGUAUUGAGUUCCAAACUGUGACCGGUGGUGAAUCAGCAAGACUGCAAGUGGAGGUUCUGGGAUGUGCAGAAGAAUACACAACAACUGAAAUGACCACUAAAGUCACCACUGUCACAACACCGACAACAACUGUCAGCGAAGAAACAACAAGCUCCCGAACCACGACGUCACAAAUGUCAACUACUCCAGGUUACUGUCUAGAGCCCAUGGAUGGGGAAAAGGGACUUGAACCUGAAGUUAAGGCGGCUGGAGAUCUCACAAUUGAUAGUCAGACCUCCUACUUGACAAUCACCCAGUUGCCAAUUGACCCAAGCUCAAGUGAUAUCCCCAGCGUAGAGCUCCUCUUCCGUCAACCCAUCAAGGUCACAGCAGUAGUCUUAGCCUCGCGUUCUCCUCAAGCAACAAGUGCACCCACGGGUCAGCCAGCAGCAAGCACAACCACAUCCAGGACUGCUGCAGGGGAGAGGCUGACUGAGGUCACCCUCACUCUGUCCACCAAGAAGCCCGACGAUGAUGAAUUCACUACACUGGUUGAUGAUAACACCAACCAGCCCAAGUUGAUAACUGUCCGUCUGGAAGGAGACCAACCCGAAAUCAAGUACUUGCCGAUAGAUGAAGACACACUGGAUGGCAUCACUGAACUGCGCGUACAAUUCCAGUCUGUCAGUGACGAUGACGCAACAACAUUUGAGUUACAUGUUCUGGGUUGCAUCAAAGAAUACACCACUCAGCCGACGACAAGAACCACCAGUGUCACCACCACUCUGAUAACCACGACUCCUCCCUCAUCAACAACCCAAGGGUACUGUCUGGAAUCCAUGGAUAGCGAGUCUGGACUUUUGUCGGAUGUCAGAGGUAGAGGUUCAGUGUUGCCGGACAAAACCAAAGGUGACAUCCAACUGACAGACCUUCCCAUCACUCCGGAAGCAGAAGAGCCUUCCAGUCUAGACAGUGAUUUCAAUGGACGUGUCAUUGCCAGAGCCAUCAGGUUCAGGCUGCAAUCCACAAUAUCCUCCACCACUCCGACAGGUGCUGGAGAAGAAAUUACGCCUCUUGAAAUCACUCUGACUUUGCUUGUUAAGAAGCCAGGAGAUAGCGACUUCACGCCCGUUUUGGAAGGGGACACUACUCAAAAGAAGAUUUUCAGAGUCACCCUUGACAGCGACUUGCCUGAGAGACUGCUGCUCCCGAGCGAUGACACAGCUCUGAAGGGCAUUGAGCAGUUGCGUAUUGAGUUCCAAACUGUGACCGGUGGUGAAUCAGCAAGACUGCAAGUGGAGGUUCUGGGAUGUGCAGAAGAAUACACAACAACUGAAAUGACCACUAAAGUCACCACUGUCACAACACCGACAACAACUGUCAGCGAAGAAACAACAAGCUCCCGAACCACGACGUCACAAAUGUCAACUACUCCAGGUUACUGUCUAGAGCCCAUGGAUGGGGAAAAGGGACUUGAACCUGAAGUUAAGGCGGCUGGAGAUCUCACAAUUGAUAGUCAGACCUCCUACUUGACAAUCACCCAGUUGCCAAUUGACCCAAGCUCAAGUGAUAUCCCCAGCGUAGAGCUCCUCUUCCGUCAACCCAUCAAGGUCACAGCAGUAGUCUUAGCCUCGCGUUCUCCUCAAGCAACAAGUGCACCCACGGGUCAGCCAGCAGCAAGCACAACCACAUCCAGGACUGCUGCAGGGGAGAGGCUGACUGAGGUCACCCUCACUCUGUCCACCAAGAAGCCCGACGAUGAUGAAUUCACUACACUGGUUGAUGAUAACACCAACCAGCCCAAGUUGAUAACUGUCCGUCUGGAAGGAGACCAACCCGAAAUCAAGUACUUGCCGAUAGAUGAAGACACACUGGAUGGCAUCACUGAACUGCGCGUACAAUUCCAGUCUGUCAGUGACGAUGACGCAACAACAUUUGAGUUACAUGUUCUGGGUUGCAUCAAAGAAUACACCACUCAGCCGACGACAAGAACCACCAGUGUCACCACCACUCUGAUAACCACGACUCCUCCCUCAUCAACAACCCAAGGGUACUGUCUGGAAUCCAUGGAUAGCGAGUCUGGACUUUUGUCGGAUGUCAGAGGUAGAGGUUCAGUGUUGCCGGACAAAACCAAAGGUGACAUCCAACUGACAGACCUUCCCAUCACUCCGGAAGCAGAAGAGCCUUCCAGUCUAGACAGUGAUUUCAAUGGACGUGUCAUUGCCAGAGCCAUCAGGUUCAGGCUGCAAUCCACAAUAUCCUCCACCACUCCGACAGGUGCUGGAGAAGAAAUUACGCCUCUUGAAAUCACUCUGACUUUGCUUGUUAAGAAGCCAGGAGAUAGCGACUUCACGCCCGUUUUGGAAGGGGACACUACUCAAAAGAAGAUUUUCAGAGUCACCCUUGACAGCGACUUGCCUGAGAGACUGCUGCUCCCGAGCGAUGACACAGCUCUGAAGGGCAUUGAGCAGUUGCGUAUUGAGUUCCAAACUGUGACCGGUGGUGAAUCAGCAAGACUGCAAGUGGAGGUUCUGGGAUGUGCAGAAGAAUACACAACAACUGAAAUGACCACUAAAGUCACCACUGUCACAACACCGACAACAACUGUCAGCGAAGAAACAACAAGCUCCCGAACCACGACGUCACAAAUGUCAACUACUCCAGGUUACUGUCUAGAGCCCAUGGAUGGGGAAAAGGGACUUGAACCUGAAGUUAAGGCGGCUGGAGAUCUCACAAUUGAUAGUCAGACCUCCUACUUGACAAUCACCCAGUUGCCAAUUGACCCAAGCUCAAGUGAUAUCCCCAGCGUAGAGCUCCUCUUCCGUCAACCCAUCAAGGUCACAGCAGUAGUCUUAGCCUCGCGUUCUCCUCAAGCAACAAGUGCACCCACGGGUCAGCCAGCAGCAAGCACAACCACAUCCAGGACUGCUGCAGGGGAGAGGCUGACUGAGGUCACCCUCACUCUGUCCACCAAGAAGCCCGACGAUGAUGAAUUCACUACACUGGUUGAUGAUAACACCAACCAGCCCAAGUUGAUAACUGUCCGUCUGGAAGGAGACCAACCCGAAAUCAAGUACUUGCCGAUAGAUGAAGACACACUGGAUGGCAUCACUGAACUGCGCGUACAAUUCCAGUCUGUCAGUGACGAUGACGCAACAACAUUUGAGUUACAUGUUCUGGGUUGCAUCAAAGAAUACACCACUCAGCCGACGACAAGAACCACCAGUGUCACCACCACUCUGAUAACCACGACUCCUCCCUCAUCAACAACCCAAGGGUACUGUCUGGAAUCCAUGGAUAGCGAGUCUGGACUUUUGUCGGAUGUCAGAGGUAGAGGUUCAGUGUUGCCGGACAAAACCAAAGGUGACAUCCAACUGACAGACCUUCCCAUCACUCCGGAAGCAGAAGAGCCUUCCAGUCUAGACAGUGAUUUCAAUGGACGUGUCAUUGCCAGAGCCAUCAGGUUCAGGCUGCAAUCCACAAUAUCCUCCACCACUCCGACAGGUGCUGGAGAAGAAAUUACGCCUCUUGAAAUCACUCUGACUUUGCUUGUUAAGAAGCCAGGAGAUAGCGACUUCACGCCCGUUUUGGAAGGGGACACUACUCAAAAGAAGAUUUUCAGAGUCACCCUUGACAGCGACUUGCCUGAGAGACUGCUGCUCCCGAGCGAUGACACAGCUCUGAAGGGCAUUGAGCAGUUGCGUAUUGAGUUCCAAACUGUGACCGGUGGUGAAUCAGCAAGACUGCAAGUGGAGGUUCUGGGAUGUGCAGAAGAAUACACAACAACUGAAAUGACCACUAAAGUCACCACUGUCACAACACCGACAACAACUGUCAGCGAAGAAACAACAAGCUCCCGAACCACGACGUCACAAAUGUCAACUACUCCAGGUUACUGUCUAGAGCCCAUGGAUGGGGAAAAGGGACUUGAACCUGAAGUUAAGGCGGCUGGAGAUCUCACAAUUGAUAGUCAGACCUCCUACUUGACAAUCACCCAGUUGCCAAUUGACCCAAGCUCAAGUGAUAUCCCCAGCGUAGAGCUCCUCUUCCGUCAACCCAUCAAGGUCACAGCAGUAGUCUUAGCCUCGCGUUCUCCUCAAGCAACAAGUGCACCCACGGGUCAGCCAGCAGCAAGCACAACCACAUCCAGGACUGCUGCAGGGGAGAGGCUGACUGAGGUCACCCUCACUCUGUCCACCAAGAAGCCCGACGAUGAUGAAUUCACUACACUGGUUGAUGAUAACACCAACCAGCCCAAGUUGAUAACUGUCCGUCUGGAAGGAGACCAACCCGAAAUCAAGUACUUGCCGAUAGAUGAAGACACACUGGAUGGCAUCACUGAACUGCGCGUACAAUUCCAGUCUGUCAGUGACGAUGACGCAACAACAUUUGAGUUACAUGUUCUGGGUUGCAUCAAAGAAUACACCACUCAGCCGACGACAAGAACCACCAGUGUCACCACCACUCUGAUAACCACGACUCCUCCCUCAUCAACAACCCAAGGGUACUGUCUGGAAUCCAUGGAUAGCGAGUCUGGACUUUUGUCGGAUGUCAGAGGUAGAGGUUCAGUGUUGCCGGACAAAACCAAAGGUGACAUCCAACUGACAGACCUUCCCAUCACUCCGGAAGCAGAAGAGCCUUCCAGUCUAGACAGUGAUUUCAAUGGACGUGUCAUUGCCAGAGCCAUCAGGUUCAGGCUGCAAUCCACAAUAUCCUCCACCACUCCGACAGGUGCUGGAGAAGAAAUUACGCCUCUUGAAAUCACUCUGACUUUGCUUGUUAAGAAGCCAGGAGAUAGCGACUUCACGCCCGUUUUGGAAGGGGACACUACUCAAAAGAAGAUUUUCAGAGUCACCCUUGACAGCGACUUGCCUGAGAGACUGCUGCUCCCGAGCGAUGACACAGCUCUGAAGGGCAUUGAGCAGUUGCGUAUUGAGUUCCAAACUGUGACCGGUGGUGAAUCAGCAAGACUGCAAGUGGAGGUUCUGGGAUGUGCAGAAGAAUACACAACAACUGAAAUGACCACUAAAGUCACCACUGUCACAACACCGACAACAACUGUCAGCGAAGAAACAACAAGCUCCCGAACCACGACGUCACAAAUGUCAACUACUCCAGGUUACUGUCUAGAGCCCAUGGAUGGGGAAAAGGGACUUGAACCUGAAGUUAAGGCGGCUGGAGAUCUCACAAUUGAUAGUCAGACCUCCUACUUGACAAUCACCCAGUUGCCAAUUGACCCAAGCUCAAGUGAUAUCCCCAGCGUAGAGCUCCUCUUCCGUCAACCCAUCAAGGUCACAGCAGUAGUCUUAGCCUCGCGUUCUCCUCAAGCAACAAGUGCACCCACGGGUCAGCCAGCAGCAAGCACAACCACAUCCAGGACUGCUGCAGGGGAGAGGCUGACUGAGGUCACCCUCACUCUGUCCACCAAGAAGCCCGACGAUGAUGAAUUCACUACACUGGUUGAUGAUAACACCAACCAGCCCAAGUUGAUAACUGUCCGUCUGGAAGGAGACCAACCCGAAAUCAAGUACUUGCCGAUAGAUGAAGACACACUGGAUGGCAUCACUGAACUGCGCGUACAAUUCCAGUCUGUCAGUGACGAUGACGCAACAACAUUUGAGUUACAUGUUCUGGGUUGCAUCAAAGAAUACACCACUCAGCCGACGACAAGAACCACCAGUGUCACCACCACUCUGAUAACCACGACUCCUCCCUCAUCAACAACCCAAGGGUACUGUCUGGAAUCCAUGGAUAGCGAGUCUGGACUUUUGUCGGAUGUCAGAGGUAGAGGUUCAGUGUUGCCGGACAAAACCAAAGGUGACAUCCAACUGACAGACCUUCCCAUCACUCCGGAAGCAGAAGAGCCUUCCAGUCUAGACAGUGAUUUCAAUGGACGUGUCAUUGCCAGAGCCAUCAGGUUCAGGCUGCAAUCCACAAUAUCCUCCACCACUCCGACAGGUGCUGGAGAAGAAAUUACGCCUCUUGAAAUCACUCUGACUUUGCUUGUUAAGAAGCCAGGAGAUAGCGACUUCACGCCCGUUUUGGAAGGGGACACUACUCAAAAGAAGAUUUUCAGAGUCACCCUUGACAGCGACUUGCCUGAGAGACUGCUGCUCCCGAGCGAUGACACAGCUCUGAAGGGCAUUGAGCAGUUGCGUAUUGAGUUCCAAACUGUGACCGGUGGUGAAUCAGCAAGACUGCAAGUGGAGGUUCUGGGAUGUGCAGAAGAAUACACAACAACUGAAAUGACCACUAAAGUCACCACUGUCACAACACCGACAACAACUGUCAGCGAAGAAACAACAAGCUCCCGAACCACGACGUCACAAAUGUCAACUACUCCAGGUUACUGUCUAGAGCCCAUGGAUGGGGAAAAGGGACUUGAACCUGAAGUUAAGGCGGCUGGAGAUCUCACAAUUGAUAGUCAGACCUCCUACUUGACAAUCACCCAGUUGCCAAUUGACCCAAGCUCAAGUGAUAUCCCCAGCGUAGAGCUCCUCUUCCGUCAACCCAUCAAGGUCACAGCAGUAGUCUUAGCCUCGCGUUCUCCUCAAGCAACAAGUGCACCCACGGGUCAGCCAGCAGCAAGCACAACCACAUCCAGGACUGCUGCAGGGGAGAGGCUGACUGAGGUCACCCUCACUCUGUCCACCAAGAAGCCCGACGAUGAUGAAUUCACUACACUGGUUGAUGAUAACACCAACCAGCCCAAGUUGAUAACUGUCCGUCUGGAAGGAGACCAACCCGAAAUCAAGUACUUGCCGAUAGAUGAAGACACACUGGAUGGCAUCACUGAACUGCGCGUACAAUUCCAGUCUGUCAGUGACGAUGACGCAACAACAUUUGAGUUACAUGUUCUGGGUUGCAUCAAAGAAUACACCACUCAGCCGACGACAAGAACCACCAGUGUCACCACCACUCUGAUAACCACGACUCCUCCCUCAUCAACAACCCAAGGGUACUGUCUGGAAUCCAUGGAUAGCGAGUCUGGACUUUUGUCGGAUGUCAGAGGUAGAGGUUCAGUGUUGCCGGACAAAACCAAAGGUGACAUCCAACUGACAGACCUUCCCAUCACUCCGGAAGCAGAAGAGCCUUCCAGUCUAGACAGUGAUUUCAAUGGACGUGUCAUUGCCAGAGCCAUCAGGUUCAGGCUGCAAUCCACAAUAUCCUCCACCACUCCGACAGGUGCUGGAGAAGAAAUUACGCCUCUUGAAAUCACUCUGACUUUGCUUGUUAAGAAGCCAGGAGAUAGCGACUUCACGCCCGUUUUGGAAGGGGACACUACUCAAAAGAAGAUUUUCAGAGUCACCCUUGACAGCGACUUGCCUGAGAGACUGCUGCUCCCGAGCGAUGACACAGCUCUGAAGGGCAUUGAGCAGUUGCGUAUUGAGUUCCAAACUGUGACCGGUGGUGAAUCAGCAAGACUGCAAGUGGAGGUUCUGGGAUGUGCAGAAGAAUACACAACAACUGAAAUGACCACUAAAGUCACCACUGUCACAACACCGACAACAACUGUCAGCGAAGAAACAACAAGCUCCCGAACCACGACGUCACAAAUGUCAACUACUCCAGGUUACUGUCUAGAGCCCAUGGAUGGGGAAAAGGGACUUGAACCUGAAGUUAAGGCGGCUGGAGAUCUCACAAUUGAUAGUCAGACCUCCUACUUGACAAUCACCCAGUUGCCAAUUGACCCAAGCUCAAGUGAUAUCCCCAGCGUAGAGCUCCUCUUCCGUCAACCCAUCAAGGUCACAGCAGUAGUCUUAGCCUCGCGUUCUCCUCAAGCAACAAGUGCACCCACGGGUCAGCCAGCAGCAAGCACAACCACAUCCAGGACUGCUGCAGGGGAGAGGCUGACUGAGGUCACCCUCACUCUGUCCACCAAGAAGCCCGACGAUGAUGAAUUCACUACACUGGUUGAUGAUAACACCAACCAGCCCAAGUUGAUAACUGUCCGUCUGGAAGGAGACCAACCCGAAAUCAAGUACUUGCCGAUAGAUGAAGACACACUGGAUGGCAUCACUGAACUGCGCGUACAAUUCCAGUCUGUCAGUGACGAUGACGCAACAACAUUUGAGUUACAUGUUCUGGGUUGCAUCAAAGAAUACACCACUCAGCCGACGACAAGAACCACCAGUGUCACCACCACUCUGAUAACCACGACUCCUCCCUCAUCAACAACCCAAGGGUACUGUCUGGAAUCCAUGGAUAGCGAGUCUGGACUUUUGUCGGAUGUCAGAGGUAGAGGUUCAGUGUUGCCGGACAAAACCAAAGGUGACAUCCAACUGACAGACCUUCCCAUCACUCCGGAAGCAGAAGAGCCUUCCAGUCUAGACAGUGAUUUCAAUGGACGUGUCAUUGCCAGAGCCAUCAGGUUCAGGCUGCAAUCCACAAUAUCCUCCACCACUCCGACAGGUGCUGGAGAAGAAAUUACGCCUCUUGAAAUCACUCUGACUUUGCUUGUUAAGAAGCCAGGAGAUAGCGACUUCACGCCCGUUUUGGAAGGGGACACUACUCAAAAGAAGAUUUUCAGAGUCACCCUUGACAGCGACUUGCCUGAGAGACUGCUGCUCCCGAGCGAUGACACAGCUCUGAAGGGCAUUGAGCAGUUGCGUAUUGAGUUCCAAACUGUGACCGGUGGUGAAUCAGCAAGACUGCAAGUGGAGGUUCUGGGAUGUGCAGAAGAAUACACAACAACUGAAAUGACCACUAAAGUCACCACUGUCACAACACCGACAACAACUGUCAGCGAAGAAACAACAAGCUCCCGAACCACGACGUCACAAAUGUCAACUACUCCAGGUUACUGUCUAGAGCCCAUGGAUGGGGAAAAGGGACUUGAACCUGAAGUUAAGGCGGCUGGAGAUCUCACAAUUGAUAGUCAGACCUCCUACUUGACAAUCACCCAGUUGCCAAUUGACCCAAGCUCAAGUGAUAUCCCCAGCGUAGAGCUCCUCUUCCGUCAACCCAUCAAGGUCACAGCAGUAGUCUUAGCCUCGCGUUCUCCUCAAGCAACAAGUGCACCCACGGGUCAGCCAGCAGCAAGCACAACCACAUCCAGGACUGCUGCAGGGGAGAGGCUGACUGAGGUCACCCUCACUCUGUCCACCAAGAAGCCCGACGAUGAUGAAUUCACUACACUGGUUGAUGAUAACACCAACCAGCCCAAGUUGAUAACUGUCCGUCUGGAAGGAGACCAACCCGAAAUCAAGUACUUGCCGAUAGAUGAAGACACACUGGAUGGCAUCACUGAACUGCGCGUACAAUUCCAGUCUGUCAGUGACGAUGACGCAACAACAUUUGAGUUACAUGUUCUGGGUUGCAUCAAAGAAUACACCACUCAGCCGACGACAAGAACCACCAGUGUCACCACCACUCUGAUAACCACGACUCCUCCCUCAUCAACAACCCAAGGGUACUGUCUGGAAUCCAUGGAUAGCGAGUCUGGACUUUUGUCGGAUGUCAGAGGUAGAGGUUCAGUGUUGCCGGACAAAACCAAAGGUGACAUCCAACUGACAGACCUUCCCAUCACUCCGGAAGCAGAAGAGCCUUCCAGUCUAGACAGUGAUUUCAAUGGACGUGUCAUUGCCAGAGCCAUCAGGUUCAGGCUGCAAUCCACAAUAUCCUCCACCACUCCGACAGGUGCUGGAGAAGAAAUUACGCCUCUUGAAAUCACUCUGACUUUGCUUGUUAAGAAGCCAGGAGAUAGCGACUUCACGCCCGUUUUGGAAGGGGACACUACUCAAAAGAAGAUUUUCAGAGUCACCCUUGACAGCGACUUGCCUGAGAGACUGCUGCUCCCGAGCGAUGACACAGCUCUGAAGGGCAUUGAGCAGUUGCGUAUUGAGUUCCAAACUGUGACCGGUGGUGAAUCAGCAAGACUGCAAGUGGAGGUUCUGGGAUGUGCAGAAGAAUACACAACAACUGAAAUGACCACUAAAGUCACCACUGUCACAACACCGACAACAACUGUCAGCGAAGAAACAACAAGCUCCCGAACCACGACGUCACAAAUGUCAACUACUCCAGGUUACUGUCUAGAGCCCAUGGAUGGGGAAAAGGGACUUGAACCUGAAGUUAAGGCGGCUGGAGAUCUCACAAUUGAUAGUCAGACCUCCUACUUGACAAUCACCCAGUUGCCAAUUGACCCAAGCUCAAGUGAUAUCCCCAGCGUAGAGCUCCUCUUCCGUCAACCCAUCAAGGUCACAGCAGUAGUCUUAGCCUCGCGUUCUCCUCAAGCAACAAGUGCACCCACGGGUCAGCCAGCAGCAAGCACAACCACAUCCAGGACUGCUGCAGGGGAGAGGCUGACUGAGGUCACCCUCACUCUGUCCACCAAGAAGCCCGACGAUGAUGAAUUCACUACACUGGUUGAUGAUAACACCAACCAGCCCAAGUUGAUAACUGUCCGUCUGGAAGGAGACCAACCCGAAAUCAAGUACUUGCCGAUAGAUGAAGACACACUGGAUGGCAUCACUGAACUGCGCGUACAAUUCCAGUCUGUCAGUGACGAUGACGCAACAACAUUUGAGUUACAUGUUCUGGGUUGCAUCAAAGAAUACACCACUCAGCCGACGACAAGAACCACCAGUGUCACCACCACUCUGAUAACCACGACUCCUCCCUCAUCAACAACCCAAGGGUACUGUCUGGAAUCCAUGGAUAGCGAGUCUGGACUUUUGUCGGAUGUCAGAGGUAGAGGUUCAGUGUUGCCGGACAAAACCAAAGGUGACAUCCAACUGACAGACCUUCCCAUCACUCCGGAAGCAGAAGAGCCUUCCAGUCUAGACAGUGAUUUCAAUGGACGUGUCAUUGCCAGAGCCAUCAGGUUCAGGCUGCAAUCCACAAUAUCCUCCACCACUCCGACAGGUGCUGGAGAAGAAAUUACGCCUCUUGAAAUCACUCUGACUUUGCUUGUUAAGAAGCCAGGAGAUAGCGACUUCACGCCCGUUUUGGAAGGGGACACUACUCAAAAGAAGAUUUUCAGAGUCACCCUUGACAGCGACUUGCCUGAGAGACUGCUGCUCCCGAGCGAUGACACAGCUCUGAAGGGCAUUGAGCAGUUGCGUAUUGAGUUCCAAACUGUGACCGGUGGUGAAUCAGCAAGACUGCAAGUGGAGGUUCUGGGAUGUGCAGAAGAAUACACAACAACUGAAAUGACCACUAAAGUCACCACUGUCACAACACCGACAACAACUGUCAGCGAAGAAACAACAAGCUCCCGAACCACGACGUCACAAAUGUCAACUACUCCAGGUUACUGUCUAGAGCCCAUGGAUGGGGAAAAGGGACUUGAACCUGAAGUUAAGGCGGCUGGAGAUCUCACAAUUGAUAGUCAGACCUCCUACUUGACAAUCACCCAGUUGCCAAUUGACCCAAGCUCAAGUGAUAUCCCCAGCGUAGAGCUCCUCUUCCGUCAACCCAUCAAGGUCACAGCAGUAGUCUUAGCCUCGCGUUCUCCUCAAGCAACAAGUGCACCCACGGGUCAGCCAGCAGCAAGCACAACCACAUCCAGGACUGCUGCAGGGGAGAGGCUGACUGAGGUCACCCUCACUCUGUCCACCAAGAAGCCCGACGAUGAUGAAUUCACUACACUGGUUGAUGAUAACACCAACCAGCCCAAGGUAUUAAUACAGCCGUGUUAAACACUUGGCAUUGCUUCUUUCUACGACCAGCUUGUGUCCUUGAUUUUGU